AUGUACAGAAAGGCUGCUGACGAAAAAAGGCAGACAGUCAGCGAAGGAAGGCAGCCAGGCAAUGGGAAACCUCGGGCACCCUCGGGUCAGGGUGACCGCAAAGCGCUCAGACCACCACGCGCCGGCGUUUUCUGCCGUCCCGGGCCCGGUGAUCACCGCCACAAGCCUCCUUGCCUACAUCGUUGGCCAACAGCAUUUUCGCUCGCCGGCAAGUCCACUGCAAAUUCUGGAAGAACAAUGUUAGACGACCAGGAUCGCAUACAAGAGGUAGAUACCGACGAUGAAGAGACCCAAGAUUUUGGCGGUUUUGGUGGAGGCGAAAGCUUUUCUGAUUUCACCAAACGCCUGCCGGACGACUGCAUUGAAUACACAAUCUUCAUUAUCGACUCGAAACUCAAGACCGAUUAUGCUCGCAGAGAAAAACUGAAAGCAAUUCAAUCAGCCGCUAAUGCUUUGCUCAAAUCUUCGGACCUCGAAAAUUAUAUCUGGCAACGCGAGAAAUUUCAAUUAGACUUGAUUGAUACCAGACUGGACUCCAACAUCGAUACCACAGCAACAGGCGAUGUACCCGAAGAAAAGCUACAGAUUUCUGGUCACGAAUACUAUCUCCACGGACGCACCAACUUUGGCGACUCAAUAGCAGAUGAAUGGUUGAUUGUCUGGCUCCUGCUCGAACUCAGCCAACGGCAUGCCUCGGCGUGGAUUCAAGUUCGUGAUCCAGAUGGAGAAUUUCUGCUAGCAGAAGCUGCGAAUGCUUUGCCAAAGUGGUUGGAGCCUGAGCUUGCUGACAACCGUGUCUGGAUCCAUCGCGGACAACUACACAUUAUACCGCUACAAAGAAAUGCUGGUGGUGGAGCAUCAGGGCCUACGACUCCAGGACUGUCCGGCAAUGUCGAUAUGACACAAGCAUUGCAGUUCCUACGGCAAACUCCUCACUCUACACUACAUUCACCUAUGAUCGAAGAAGAAGCUUUUCAUCGCUUGCGAGAUCAUCCAGCCGCCAUCUCGAAGAGCCAGCAUAGUUCACUGCUCUCUGUACCUCGCCGUCUCGCCUAUCUCCUCCAUCGUAACCCAGCCUACGUAGCCCCAGCUACUGAGGCGUUCUACCUUCGCGACCCCAUUGCUGUAAAGCCUCUGGCCACAAAGGACACGGCUACACUCCUCUUCGCCCCCGAAGACUUCGUUACCAUAAGUGUGCGCUUCCCCAAAGUUGGCUACGCGCAGCUCGUGAGUCAGGACUUCCCUCCGCCGCCAGCUUGGGUAGGCAUAACACCUCACAUCCACAAGAAGCCUGUCCUUCUGGGCAUGAAGCUAUCUUGCGGCUUCGAAAUGAUGCUGCGCGAUCCUCAGAACAAGAACAAACGCGAAGUCAGAGAGAUGAAUAUGCUACUCGAGGACGUGGAGGAAGACGAAGACACGUUACCCUCAGAUGAUGAAAUCGAGUCAUGGCCGCAAGCAGAUGACGACGACAAAUGGCUUGACAUUGACUUCAAGGACUUCGAUAAAGAGCUCAAAGGCCGCAGUGGAAGUCCCGCUGCAGAUGACAUGCCCGAAGGCCAAGGCUUUGGAGACGAAUCGACACAANAAGACCUCCAAGACAUGGUCUCACGCUUCGAGAAGUUCCUCAAUGAAGACGAAGAAACAGGUGCCGAAACUUUCUCCUCUGGAUCUUCUUCAGCCUCUGACUCGGAUGAUGAAGACGAGGACGAUGAAGGUGAAGACAAAGCCGCCUCUUUCACAGAUGCAGAGUUUGAGCAAGCGAUGCGUGAAAUGAUGGGUAUGCCCGACACAGAAAAAGAAACAAACGGCCUGAACUCAGAAGCCAGAAAAUUAGCCUUGGAAAUGGAGGACGAAGAAGAGAUGGAAAGAGAUGACGAUAAAGAAGCAGAGCAAAUCUGGAAAAUGAUGCAAGAGAUCCACGAGUCAAGGNAAGAACGGAAACAACGACAAGAGCAAAGACAAGGGUAA